ACGCCACGCACGCCUCACAGCCUUGUAUAUGAAGUACUAGGCCAUAUGGCAAUCAUGCGCCAGCCACUCGUAAUCCUACUGUGCUCCAUGGCGGCUCUCCGUGGCUGGACCCCAUCUGAUGUGGUCGUCAGUGCUGCCAACAUGACGAUCUUCCGAGGAUCGGCCAAAAACAGCAACGACGAACUCGUCCAAUCACUGCUUCAGUGUAGUUCCCAGACAUCUGAGACUUCCACGGACAACACACGUCGACUAUGUUCAAAUGAUUCAAGCUGUAUUCACUACGAGGACUGCUGCUUCGAUGCUGACGUGGCUUCAAACAAGGCGUCCAGGAAGGAGACACGCUGCGUUCCACUACUCGAUCAUAAAAGUGUUCUUCGCAAAGUAGUGAUGGUCACUCGAUGCAAUGAUUCCUGGCCGGAAGACGAGGUCAGGAAGGGCUGUGAGGACGCUGGCGCUAAAAACGAAACGUUUCACCUGGAUCCCAGCAACAAGCUCGAGCUGGUUACACCUAUUCGAACGGGUUCUGCGCACUCUGCAAUUACGAUAGCGAAAGCUGGGUUUUCUGGAGUACCUCAUCUGUCGAUAGCAGGCAAGCGACCUUUGACUUGCAGGUGGACUCUCUGAAGAAAGGCUUGCGUUACUGCACUACAAUCACAAAUUACAGCGAUAUAUGCGGAAAAGUUAAUAGCAGUGAAUUCAUGGAAGCCGAGAGCAUGUGCAAGCUUUACUUGGAACCUGUUUUACUAAAGCAAACCAGCAAAACAUACAAAAACGUGUUCUGCGCACUUUGCGAUGAAGUGAACAUAACGUCCCUUGUAUGCCAUCCUGACGAAAGAGGAAGUGUCCGCUACCAUGCAAAAGCCCGUGAUAGCGCAUU